AUGCGUCUGAUGCAAAUGGCCCUUGUCUGCUUGAGAGAUGGGUCAGAGCGCUCGUGGAAAGCUGAAAAUUUGGCGCCCACAAAGCCACGGAGAAAUUACAAGACGACGCUGACGGUGGCGACGGGGGACGGUGGCGUCGGUCAGAGCCACGGAGCUCCGAAGUACGAGCAGAGAACCUCUGUGAGUGCGGCCGCUCGAAAGGAGCGGUCCGAGGCCGGCACUCGGGGGCCACUCGACAGAAAGCGACCUGUGGUGGUGAGAACCACGGUCAGAGGAGGGCCCACAGUCCCUCGCCUGAGGAGUCUGAGGGCCCAGGGAGAGUGCGAGGAAGGAGAUGAAUGGGAAGAAGAAGAGCACAGGUCCAGUUGGAGAUUCUUCAAGAGUCGGCCGGCUGCGAGCGGAGGCCAAAAGGCCGAUCGAGGGGGCAGGAGCCACAGCAAGGGUCUGCUCGUGGCGGCAAAGCUCGGAGUGAAGUCGCAUGAGCAGGGUACGGGCAGUCAAACAAAAUGCUGCUCGGUUGCCUGCGCCCAUGGGCCAGGUUUGCGUGCGCGUUGUGUGGGCCCCAUCCUGAAGUGCCGCUCUCUCCGGGUCGUCUUCCGCAGCCGGGAAGUUCCGCGCGUCGGGGAGCUGCAGCGCGUCGGGGAGCUGCACACCCUGGGCUCCGGCGUCGGAGAAUAUUUCCCAUCGCGUGUGGCUCCGGACGACGCGGGGCUCGACCUGCGCGGCGGUGGCAGCGGCGGCGCCGGCGGCGGUGGCGGCGUCUCGUCGAGCGAGCGGAGCCAGCUCGUGGGCCUCGACCUCUCCAAGAAGAGUCCAAUUCGCGACUCACGCGCGUCCUGCGGCGGUGGCGGCGGUGCGGAGCACGCGGACCGACUGCACUCGCCGACGCCCGCCCCCUCCGGUGCCGACGGCUACGAGGGCCGCGGCUCGGGACUAGGCGAGGCGGAGGCCUGCCUGGGCCUCAUCCGACGGACGGCGCCGUCCCCGCUCGGCGGUGGCGGUGGCGGUGGCGGCGGCGGCGGCGGCGGCGGUGGCGGCAACGGAGGCGGCGGAAGUAAGCUGCCCGUCUCCAGCGGCGCCGCAGACGGCCUGCCGCUGCCUCUCAACACGAGCUGGCUCAAGCAGGAGCCGGCCGAGCGGCCGUGCGACCGGAAGGAUCAGGACCUGCACCACGGGCCAUCAGCUCAGGGCGACCACAAGACCCCUCCGAACUCUUGGGCCGGGGCGUCCGGCGAUGACGACGAGGUGCCCGUGCCGCCGAGCAACGGCGUCGUCGUCUAUUCGGGAAGCUCAAAGUCCGACGGCGGUGGAGGCGGCGGCGGCGGCGGCGGCGGCGGCACGGGGCUCUACCAGACGACACGCUCGCUCCUCGGUGUCGCCGCCAUGGAGGAGGACGACGACGACGAUAACCGCAGCCUGAACGACGAGAGCGGGAUGAGCGACACGGGCAGCGGCGGCUCGGAGCCCGGGCUCGAGCGCUACGCCCACUGCAACCACCACCACCGGCACGCGGCCGCCUACGGCGAGCCCGACGCCUUCGGCGGCGACAACCUCUACGUGUGCAUCCCCUGCGGCAAGGGCUUCCCCAGCUCGGAGCAGCUGAACGCCCACGUCGACACGCACACCGAGGAGGAGCUCUACCAGCGCGAGGCCGGCGGCGGAGGAGGCGGCGGCGGCUGCGGCGACGACGACGACGACGGCAGCAGCGGCUGCGCGGGAGGCGGCAGGGGCGGCGGCGGGGGCGGCCCUCCCUCGGCGUGCGGGGGAGGCGGCGGCGGGGGGCCCGGCGGUCUCGACGCGGGCUGCGCCGACGACUCGGCAGAGGCGCGGCCGUACCGCUGCAUGGCGUGCGACCGCGCCUACAAGGACGCGGCGACACUGCGGCAGCACGAGAAGACGCACUGGCUCACGCGGCCGUACCCCUGCGCCAUCUGUGGCAAGAAGUUCACGCAGCGCGGCACCAUGACGCGCCACAUGCGCAGCCACCUGGGCCUCAAGCCAUUCGCGUGCGAGGAGUGCGGCAUGCGCUUCACGCGCCAGUACCGCCUCACGGAGCACAUGCGCAUCCACUCGGGCGAGAAGCCCUACGAGUGUCAGCUCUGCGGUGGGAAGUUCGCGCAGCAGCGCAACCUCAUCAGCCACAUGAAGAUGCACAGCGCCGGGCAGGCCAUGUGA